AGCAUACUGUAUAGAAUCCCUGGUGUUAUCCACUGCAUCCCUUGACCCACUGUGAUCCUACUUUACUCCGGUUUUCUCCUGUUCUAAGACUGAACAAUAAAGUUUAGAACAAAAUAAAAAAUAAAACGACCCGAAAGGCUAGUGACCUGAUUAGUGAAAUGAUAAAUUAAGAAUUACCAUUAUUUGGCAAGACUUGUUUGUUUACUCACACAGCUGAUCGCUAGACCCCUCCCAAGCCGACUUCAAACGUUGUGAUGGUAGUGAAGAUAGUUGAGAGGUUGUAAAACUGCCGUAAAGAAACAUCUAAUUUGACUCAUCUAUUUUGUAUGUCUGGAGGAGCUUGCUUUUGCUCGGGUGAACUGCUUUACAAAUCAUCAUCUACAGAGACUGAAUCAUCAUUUAGUGCAUCUACAACCUCUGCUUUGUUUGGUAACACAGUUUUAAAGACCUUUGUUACAAGUAGCAUGUGGAUAGCAGCACUGACAAGAAGAUACCCACGGCCAGCCCUGGCAAUUGUCUUACUACUGAGGAUGUGUGGCACAGCAUUACUGGCAUAGACAGUUUUUAACAACUCCUGAAGCCCAGACCCUGACAUUAUGUGACUAAUAUAUCCAAGUAUUUUCAGAUUCUUCUCUGUGCAGAUGUUCGUAUGAUGCUGUGUCAACUAAAACAAGUACAAAAAAUUUCCCCAAAUUAUGGCUUGCUUAACUCCAGGAAUUUGUCAGUGUCUUCAACAUUUGGUACUGAUAAAGGCAGUAGUCACAAAAAAUUGUGGUAUGUGCCAGAAGAGGAGAAGAGAGAAUCAUGGAAUGCUCCAACUGAAAGAGAGUUGAUGCCCAAAAAGGAAUGGCGUGGUAUAUUUCAUCACUUUGUUCCAAGCACUGGUCUGAAUCUCAACUUAAUUCAUGCACUACAAAAAGGCAUUGACCUCAGACCUUCAGCGAUAAAAGAAUGGUACAAAAAUCUCAGACAGAAAAUAAAUGUUGCAGAUCAAAGCUUUAAAGAAGAUCGUGUCGCUGUGCUUGGAUUUGAUUUAGCAGCUGCUCACUUUUUGGUUCAUCGUGGAGGCAAAGUUCGUUUCAAAAAUGCAACGAUUUGGAAUCAGAAAGAUGAAAAUGAGGAGUAUGAACUGUCUCGCCAUUAUAUCCCAAAUAUCUUUGUAGAAGAGAUUGAUGCUUCUGGAGUUGAUCUCAUAUAUGAAGGACUUGAAUCUAUGAGGAAUCUACAGCACCUAAAAUGGCUCAGUGUUGCCAACUGUUCAAACAUAGAUGACUGGUGUAUUGACCGGAUCUGUUGCCAGUAUUCCAAUUCUCUUGAGCACCUUGACAUCAGUAACUGUCCCAAAGUGACUGAGCGUGGUAUAACAGCCUUAGCACGGUUGAGAAGACUACAGAAUCUUCAGCUUAAUGGAUUAGAUGGUAUAAAGAAUAUAAAACUUCUCUGCUUACUCCUUGAAGAUGUUCUUCCUAAUCUACAGAUUGAGGGAAUUCAAUAUAUGGAUUCAAAGCAAGAGCAGCAAACAUGAUUAAUAAUAGUAUUGUAAUUCAUUUAACUCAUGUUAUAAAAAUAGUAAUAGUGUACAGUACUGUAUUUAUAAUAUAAUGUAAUUUAGGUCACCACAGUAGUGAGGGCACAAUUGACAUUUUUUUAAAAUAGAGAAAAAGGUGACUUUCGAGAAACACUCAUCAGCACAUGUGGGGGCCUACCUGCCUUGCUGGUAGUAAUUUUUUUGGUCAUAAGACUGGUAUAUGCCUUACCUUCUUUACAAAGCCUUUUUGCAACAAUACUUUUCCUUGUGUGAGGCCUGCACAGACGUUUAUGGCCCCGUGAUGGCCCAGCCUCAGGUUCACUCGCCUCACUUUCACUCACAGCAGGUGCUGGGUCAUCCACAUACGACACACUUUGUGAUCAAGGAAAACUUAUCAAAACUUGCUGUAGUGGUAACUCGAUUUCGGGCACGGUGGCAUUUGUGCCCUUACUACGGCGGUGGCUUCACUUUAAUAUUGAAUAAAAAGUUGUUACUCACAUCA